CGCUUCGUGCCACUGUGCCUUCUGCAUCCCAAGUUCUCUCCUCCUGGAAUGGAGUUCUUGCCAAUAAUGAGCGAGCAGUGCCAUGAAACGGAGCUCGGGAGGGUACACAGCAUACAGUAACAGUUAAGCGCGCAGGCUAUAGAGGCCAGUCUCCGGCCCAUCCGUAAAAACGAGAUAAGAUUUAUUUCAUAAGGCUGCACCGUGGAUUAAAUGGACAUUCCGGUAAAGCUUUUAGUCCAGCGCGGAACGAGGGCUCAAGUAAUACUCGCAACGUUUGAGCGAGCGUGGCCACCUUCUCCGCCCGUCCCGUCCCGCCCGGCGCCGCUCAAGAGCCGCCCCCCGUCCGCCUCAGCGGCGCCCAGGCACCCAGCAGAGUCCGCGCUGCCACGUCGCCCUCGCUCACCCCAGCGACAGCCGGGUUGACCUGACCGGGGCCCUGAGCUGGGUACCCAGGGCACCGAGCCGCGCCCCACACCCUGCCUGCGCCCUCCGAUUGGCUCCUGCAGACGCCCAUCGUCAGAGGCCGUUGCUGAUUGGCUUACAUGGGGGACGAGGCGGGCCUCUAGGAGUGAAGGAAAGGCGGGGACCCGGAUGUGUGUGGUGGCGGCGGCCGAAGAGCUUGUGUGCGGAGCUGAGAGGCCUAUGGAUGAGGAGGACGCGGCGGCCCCGGUUUGUUCUCAUGAACAAGAUGGAUGACCUCAACCUGCACUACCGGUUUCUGAAUUGGCGUCGGCGGAUCCGGGAGAUUCGAGAAGUCCGAGCUUUCCGAUAUCAGGAGAGGUUCAAACAUAUCCUUGUAGAUGGAGAUACUUUAAGUUAUCAUGGAAACUCUGGUGAAGUUGGCUGCUACGUGGCUUCUCGACCCCUGACCAAGGACAGCAAUUAUUUUGAGGUGUCUAUUGUGGACAGUGGAGUCCGGGGCACCAUUGCUGUGGGGCUGGUCCCUCAGUACUACAGCUUGGAUCACCAGCCUGGCUGGUUGCCUGACUCUGUAGCCUACCAUGCUGAUGAUGGCAAGCUGUACAAUGGUCGAGCCAAGGGCCGCCAGUUUGGGUCAAAAUGCAACUCCGGGGACCGGAUUGGCUGUGGCAUUGAGCCUGUGUCCUUUGAUGUGCAGACCGCCCAGAUCUUCUUCACCAAAAAUGGGAAGCGGGUGGGCUCUACCAUCAUGCCCAUGUCCCCAGAUGGACUGUUCCCAGCAGUGGGCAUGCACUCCCUGGGUGAGGAGGUGCGGCUGCACCUCAACGCUGAGCUGGGCCGCGAGGAUGACAGCGUCAUGAUGGUGGACAGUUACGAGGAUGAAUGGGGCCGGCUACAUGAUGUCAGAGUCUGUGGGACUCUGCUGGAGUACUUAGGGAAGGGCAAAAGCAUCGUGGAUGUGGGGCUGGCCCAGGCCCGGCACCCACUCAGCACCCGCAGCCACUACUUCGAGGUGGAGAUCGUGGACCCUGGAGAGAAAUGCUACAUCGCCCUGGGGCUGGCACGGAAGGACUAUCCCAAGAACAGGCACCCUGGCUGGAGCAGAGGGUCUGUGGCUUAUCACGCAGACGAUGGGAAGAUCUUCCAUGGCAGUGGCGUGGGGGACCCCUUUGGGCCACGCUGUUACAAAGGGGACAUCAUGGGCUGUGGAAUCAUGUUCCCCCGGGACUACAUUUUGGACAGUGAGGGGGACAGUGAUGACAGUUGUGACACAGUGAUCCUGUCUCCGACUGCCCGGGCUGUCCGGAACGUGCGGAAUGUCAUGUACCUGCACCAGGAAGGGGAAGAGGAAGAGGAGGAAGAGGAAGAGGAAGAGGAUGGGGAAGAGAUAGAGCCGGAGCAUGAGGGCAGGAAGGUGGUGGUUUUCUUCACUCGGAAUGGCAAGAUCAUUGGGAAGAAGGAUGCUGUUGUUCCUUCUGGAGGCUUCUUCCCUACCAUUGGAAUGCUGAGCUGCGGGGAGAAAGUCAAAGUAGAUCUGCACCCCUUGAGUGGCUAGAGCUUCCCUUCCAGACCUGCUCCUUCUCCCUGCUCACCCUCUGCUGGGCCAGGCACCCAGUUCCUGACUUCCCAGAGGCUUCGUUUACCCAGCAGGCCCCUGAGGUGUGUAGUCACUCUGCCCCCACUGGCUCAGGCCCCUGUCAUGCUUCUCUGUGCCCACGUUUCUGACCUGGUGCUGCCACUGUUGUCAGUCCCUGGGCCUGAGUCCCUGGUUGGAUAGGAAUGGACCCAAAGAAUGGUGUUCGUAUGUGGUUGGUCCCACUCGCUUCGGACAGUGGGCUUCUGGGUCCCCCUUUCCCUCACUGGCCCUGUGUGGGUGGAGAGGCGUGAGCACCCUAUCUCAGCUGCUAUUUGGGCAUGAUGCUUUGUAGAGGGUAGACAGCCCCCUCCCCUACUCACCAUGGUAUUUCUCCUUGAAUUCCUCUUCCUUGUUUUCUUUCCUGGUUGUGUGAACCAGUUGCUGCUGUUAUACCCCUGGCAGGGCCAGGGGACGUCUCUUUGGUCAUCUCUGUCCUUUCACUGGCUGCUGCCCCAGGAAGACUCCUCUAGGCUCUCCAUCUUUCCUUUGAGAGCUGGCUCCCCACCCCAACCUGCUCAGGCAACACAGAGGAUCUGCGUCUCUGGCUCCCCAUACCUGGACCCACAUGGGUGGGUGCCUGUUGCAUGUUUAAGAGAGAGGGGCUGUGAGGUGACAGGGCACUAGGGCCUUCACUCCUUUCUCCCCUUCCAUCCUUUCCUUACCUGUGCCACCCAUGUCCCUAGCUCCCGGGUACUGGGGCUGAGGCUCUGGGGCCUGUCUCCCUGCCAGCGUGAGGGCAAGACCCCAGAGCCUUAGCUGAGCAAGCCCAGAGGGGCAGCGUGGCCCCUCCCCGCCCUUUUCCUGCCCCGUCCCAUGCCUCAGCUUGCUGCUUGUGCCAGUUGCCUGUUUCGCUUCAGUGUUUGAUUCUAGCACUUAAAUGUGUCCUCCCCACCAAGCCCUCUAAUCUCCUUCUAAUCCUUCAACCCCUGACCCCCUCCCUGUAACAGUGACUUUUCCAGGGAGGAAGAGGCAGCAGGAGCUGUUGGCCUUGGUUUGCACAGAGUGGGUAGGGCUGUAGGGAAAGCGGGUGAGCUGUUGUGCUGCUGGGCCUCCCUUUGGCCCUCGCUUCCCGCCCUACGAUGUAUGAAAUGUAUGUACAGACCAGAGAUGUUUAUAAAGCCAAUAAAGAUGGAGUUUCCGUA